CAUCAGCAUCAGUAGCAGCAUCAGCAGAAUCGACAGUGUUGUCCCGGCAGAUGGGUGGUCCACAUCGGAGAACCCGCUCAGCAAACGAGAUGAACUCUCUCCUCUCAGAGUUUUCCAUGAUGUUCCAGAGCUUCACAGAGGGCGAACUUCAGCAUGUAGUCGGGACCUUGCUCGACAGGAAGAGAAGGAAGAGCCGGCGCCUGGGUGAGAACCAGGCCCGAAGGACUAAAAGAGCCAGGAGGCCUAACCACUGCUCUCUGAGGGAGCUGGAGCUGACCGUGAGUGAACUGGGUCUCGGCUAUGAGAGCGACGAGACGGUGCUGCUGCGCUACUGCAGCGGCAAUUGCAGCGCCCACCGGCAGAACUACGACAUCACCAUGAAGCACAUGAUGCAGACAGGCUUCAGGAAGAAGGGCCGCAAGAACAAAGUUAGCAACGGGCCCUGCUGCCGACCCACGGCUUUCGAAAAGGACUUUUCCUUCCUGGACAACAAGAGCCGCUAUCACACGGUACAAAAUGUGUCGGCGAAGAACUGUGGUUGUGUAUGACCCAGUAAAAUGUACUUAUUCAUGCUGCGCUCAGCCUCUGUUGGUAGAGUUGAACAUGAAUGAUGUUAAAAGACAAACUAUGGAAUAUAAACUCAAGGAAAAGAGGAAAGGAUGGGAAUAUGUUUGAGACUGCUCCAUGGCAGCCUUUUUGUGACAGGCAGACUUUUUUUUGUGCGUCUGUCAAUACACAUUGGAACCACAUCACAUGACACGUUUGUGUGUGGAUUCCAUGUAAAGAUACACAGAAAGUGACUGUUCAUACCAAAAACGUUUUUAUUAACUUUUCUAUCUGUCUAGUAACACUGUAAACUGUGGUACAACAACAAUGUAGCAACGUUAUGUUUGUGAUAUUACAUUUGAGUAGUAGUAGAACAGGCGAUAGAUGAGCUACAUUAUGAGCCAUGAGGGACUAGAUUGUUGCUGUUACUACACAUCAUAUCCAUGGGCGUUCACUUCAGUAAUUCGAAAUUUAGUUUGCAUAAUUAUAAUGGUGACAGUAAAUCACCUUUCAGGCAACAAAUGCUCAAAAAUCGAUUUCAAAUCCACAAAUAAAAUAAAUAUACAUGUAAUGCACAAAUGUUCACUUCAAGUUCUGCGCAGGGCAGUUUGUACCACUGACCUAAAAUGAUCAGCUGUCUCCAGAAGGUAUUUUGACUUAAAGGUGUGUUGAGUUGUUAUCAGGGGCCAUGACGUUGGGACCUGUUUCCCUGCUUGUAUGCAUUGCUGUUGAUUACAGUAUUAUUACAUGGUAAAGAGCAAGUGUUAUUAAUAAGAAUUUGACAAUGAAAGAAAAUCCUCUAUAGCUCCAGGUUUGAUACCCACCUUUAAUUAUUGUGUAUAUCGAUGUUGUGUAGAUUAGCAAUAAGGGCCUGUUUCAAAACACAUAAAUACUCACUUUAAUAAUAGAACAUGAAAAUGUAUCCCAUCUGCUCUCCAUGAAAUAACUCAUCACACUCAAAAAAAUUCUUUCUUUUUAUACUUUUCCCAAGUAACCCAUUAUUGUAAUUACCCAUAAUCCUUUGGAAUUAUGUUCCUCAACGAUUGCCAAAAUACUCCAAGACAAUUCAACACGCAUGACAAAUUAAAAAACUUAGAUUCCUAAAUAUUUUACGUCUCAAGUUCCAGGUGAUUACCUCUUUAAUAUCGUCUCUGGAUGUAAUUUAGGAAAGUUAACAUUUUUAGCUAAUCUGAGGCUCAAGUGUGAAAAAGAAGAAUGGUUUUAGUGAUCAGUAGUGGCAUGUUUUUUUCUUGCUGACAGAAAACUAUGACGUAGAGUCAGGAUCUGGAAAUGUGUUUGCGCCCAUCCAUAACACCUUGUAACUUACUAUGAUCCAGAGCCCACAGUAUAGCCUUCUGUUGGCCCAUCAAAUUCCUCCUUGUUGUAUUGCCUGGUAGAGUUUAAGGAGAAAGUAAGCUAUUGAAAUGAAUUAUGAAGCAACUUUUUAACCUUCAACAAUCUUUAUUUGGUUUGAACCCAUUGCAACAGUUUGAAGUACAAUAAAUUAUGUUUUUUUUUCCUUAGGACGUGCAGUGUGGGGCGUGGAUGCAGUGCAUCUUUAUUGUAGUUUAUAUUGUAUUUAUUUAGGGAGUAAAUUAUGGUUUUGCAUAUUUAUUUAGAUUACCACACAGAAGCGGGACAGCUUAUUAUCAUUAAGCAACUGUGCCAAAAAAUGUUUUAUCUAACAU